CAGAGUUGUUCAGACUUGAGGGAGGAAUGGCGGCCCCUCGGAGUUUCCUCCUCUCUCUCUCCAGUUUAUUGAUGUUUUUGUACUUUUCUUGUGGAUCUACGACUUCGGGAAACAAAAGAGCAAACCAGGAAAGAUGCGGCUACAAGGUGCAGUCUGGUGCCGAUGGAGGUCGCAGGUUCGCCGUCACCCUCCGAGCUGACAAUUGUUCUCUAAACUACCCGUUGGGGAAACAUGUGAUCCAUGAGGUCACCAACGUCUCCUUCAGUCAUCUCGCCUGCGACGAUCAGGCCGCCGUGGUCGUCCACUGGUCCGCCAGCCCUCUAGGAAUCGAGCACAUUAAAGGGUUCAGAGUUUAUCUGGAGGACAAAAACCCAGAAGGGAAACAGUGUCAACAUCUGAUCCUCAAAGACCCCCGACAGCUCAACUUCUCCUACAGGAUCACGAAGCAGAGCAGUCAGCCGUUCAGCGGUUUAAACUUCGACACCGACUACAUGGUCCGAGUUGUUCCGUUCCCGACUCUGAUGAACGAAAGCUUCUUCCCGCCGUCGUUCCUCAGAACCAACUCGUGUGAAGUCCUCCUGGGAUCUGACAACCUGGUCUGCAAACCCUUCUGGAAGCCGAAGACCCUGAACGUGUCUCAGCUGGGAUCAAACCUGCACGUGGCGUUCGAUCAGGCUCCGCCCUCCUUCGGCUUUCACUUCUACUACCUGUACUACAAACUGAGACAGGACGGACCCUUCAGACUGCAGCGCUGCAAACCCGACCUGAACCAGCUCCGAACUACGUGCAUCCUCCAGGACGUCACUCCAGGGACCUACACUAUAGAGUUAAGAGACGACGGCAACACGACCAGGAGGCAGAGUCAGUACCACGUGAGCCAGGUCCACUCCCCCUGGGCGGGGCCGAUCAGAGCCAUGGCCAUCACAGUGCCUCUGGUCAUCAUGUCCGCCUUUGCCACUCUGUUCACGGUCAUGUGCCGCAAGAAACAGCAAGAAAACAUCUACAGUCAGCUGGAUGAGGAGAGCAGCGAGUCGUCCAAUCAAAGUGCAGCACUGACGGAGCGGCCGUGGCCCCGCCCCAAAGUCUUCAUCUGUUACUCAAACAGAGACUGUCCCAAACACACCAGCGUCAUCCAGAGCUUCGCUUACUUCCUGCAGGACUUCUGCAGCUGUGAGGUGGUGUUGGACCUGUGGGAACACCUGGAGAUGUGCAAAGAGGGUCAGAUGUCCUGGCUCAGCAGACAGCUGGAUGAAGCAAACUUCAUCAUCACCGUCUGCUCCAAAGGACUACGAUACUACAUGGAGAAAAAGAGCCGCAGAGGAAAGACACCAGUGAGUCGUCGUAAUAACAGCAGCAGCAGCAGCAGCUCACCGAUUGGUGGAUCGGGCAAUGAUCUGUUCAUUGUGGGCGUGGCCAUGAUUGCUGAGAAACUGCGUCUGGCAAAGAAGAGCGAGGGUGACGGAGCUCAGGAGCUGAACCGCUUCAUGACGGUUUACUUCGACUACUCAACGGAGAACGACAUCCCUACCAUACUGAGUCUGGCUCCCAGGUUUAAGUUGAUGGACCAGCUCCCGCAGCUCUUCAGCCGGCUUCAUUCCAGUCAGUCCAGUCUGUCAGAUCGUGACUCUCAGCCUCUCAACGUCUCCAGGAGGAACUACUUCAGGAGUAAGUCUGGACGCUCGCUCUACGUCUCCAUCUGCAACAUGCACCAGCACAUCAACCAGAACCCCGACUGGUUCGAGAAGCAGCUGGCUCCUUCGGGAGACUCCUCAUCCUCCUCCUCCUCUAAACCCCCUCCUCUCCCCGCUGACUCGGCUCCGACUCCUCCCCCGAAGCCUCACUGCUCCUCCUGCUCUUCUCAGCACGAGCAAAAGUUUGACUCCGGCCUGGUGCUCAACGAGGUGGUGGUGAGGACGCCGACGCUCGAAGGAGGAAAGGGAGAGCCGAGGAGGAAUGUGCUCCUGCUGGCUCCUGGUUCUGCUCACAGUCUUGACCCGGGCUGCAGCCACAGUCCAAUUCCAAGUCCUGGUCCCUGUCCAAGUCCAGGUCUGCCACAUUGCUCUCUGUCCAUGCUGGGACCCACUUCAAGGUCCUCUUCUGGGAUAUCUGGAUUGUUACCUGAAGAAUCCUCCUCUUCCUCCUCUGCUCCCUCCAUCCUCCAGGAGGAGGCUUGUCCCAUCCUCUCCCAGGCAGAAAUAGGCUGCCCUUCCUCUCCAGAAGUCCCGCCUCCUCGGGAUUCAGGCAUCUAUGAUUCGUCCGUCCCCUCCUCAGAGCUUUCCAUUCCCCUGAUGGAGGGACUGUCACAUGACCUGGCUGAAUCCUCCUCCCUGGCUGAGAGUGAAUCCUCUUCGUCUGGGCUGGGGGACGAGGAGCCGCCUGCCGUCUCUUCUCUCCGCUGCAGCGCCGCCACGGUCUGUAAAGCUCAGCUGCACCACCACGACCAUCUGAAGCACAGUGAGGGACUAGCACCUGUGGCAUUAUCGUAGGAGACCCCUCCUGCUGCUUAAAAGAGGACCCGCCCUGUGAUGUCAUCACUGGGACUAAAAAAUGUGCUUACUUUGAACCUGAACUUUUUCAAACAAGUGCUGUUCUCCUCUCGGGAUGGAAACAAAAACAGGAAUGAACAAACAGCACUGCGUUGGUUCACCUGUGGACGGUGACUAUUGUAAGCACUGAGUGUAAGAACACUGCUCACUGCUUACUUACUAUAUGACCACAGAAUCACAGAACACCACUCCCUGGUAACUAUGGUUACAGCAGUGUUUUAGAUCACUCCCUGGUGACUUUGUAACCACAGAGCGUUUUAGAACAAUACUAACUUCUAAUGAUUAUAACCACUUAUCAGUUGAACAUUACUCCAAGGUGACUUUUGUACCCACUGCUCUGAGAACACAUCUCCCUGGGGACUAUGGUAACCACAGACCUCUAGAACACUACUCUCUGGUUACUAUGGUGACCACAGACUUCUAGAACACUACUAACUGGUGACAAUGGCAACUGCAGAGAUUUAGAACUCUAACUAUGGUAACCACAGACCUCUAGAACACUACUCUCUGGUUACUAUGGUGACCACAGACUUCUAGAACACUACUUCCUGGUUACUACGGUAACCACAGACUUCUAGAACACUACUCUCUGGUUACUACAGUAACCACAGACUUCUAGAACACUACUCUUUGGUGACUAUGGUAACCACAGACUUGUACAACACUACUCUCUGGUUACUACGGUAACCACAGACUUCUAGAAUACUACUCUCUGGUCACAAUGGUAACCACAGAUCACUAGAACAGUACUCUCUGGUCACUAUGGUAACCACAGACCUCAUGACACUACUAUCUGGUGACAAUGGUACUCACAGAAUUCUAGAACCCUACUUCCUGGUUACUAUGGUAACCACAGAGUUCUAGAACACUACUUUCAAGUGACUAUGGUACUCACAUACUUUUAGAAUACCACUCCCUGGUGACUAUGGUAACCACUUAAACAGUACUUCCUGGUGACUUUGGUACUCACAUACUUCUAGGUUCCCUGGUUAUUACGGAAAUCACAGAGCUCUAGAACACUACUGCGUGGUUAACCAUGGUAACCGCAGAGUUCUAGAACCCUACAUCACGGUAACCACUGUCUCUAGAACACCAGCCUCCAGAAGCUAAGGAACUCUUUUUGAAGGACUUCCUGAUGCCGACCAAGCAAACCCAAGUGAAACCAAAGAGUGCCUCAGCCCUGCGCCUCCAUUCAUGAGUUGAUGUAACAUUGACUUGUUGACCCCAGGAGGCGUCCAGUUGUUCCCGCCAAAAUAACCAACCGGAUCAAAAACCUUCAGAAGUUUAUUUUUUUACCAAACAGCUGCUCAAUGUGGAAGAAGAUAAAAUGUGCAUAUUCAGAAUCAAAGAUCGUUUUAUAUCAUGUUAACAUUUAGGACCAAAACCAAGUAAAUGCCUAAAACAAACACGUUUAUUAUUUAACCUCUUUUAUUUAGGAACGCUCUUUACUCUGAAGAGAAACGGCUGUUUUCAACAUAGAACUGUCCUCUAAAUGUUCAUUGACAAAUUGUAGAAGUGGAGCAGGCAGAUCUCUGAUGACCACUCAGAAAUCAACGGACAAACUUAAAAAAAAAAAAAAAACUGUCAAAUCAACUAAAACCUGCUAAUGUGAUCAAAAAAAAUGUGCUAAAAUAGAUGUUUGAUGUAUGUUAACAGGAAUUUUAAUUUUCAAACUUUUUCAUUGACAAACUUUAAUCAUACAGUUGAACUCAGUGUUGCCACUGCUGAAACAUAAAGGGAUGAAAACUGUGGUUACAUUGUUCAGCUCAAUUUGACAUAUUUGAACAUUUGACCAUAUUGACAUAUUGUUGCAGGAAGCAGCGAUGAUGAGGCCGUUGUGAAAAGUGACAUUUAACUUUUUAAAAUCUUAUCAAACCAGAUUUCAAGAUGUCACUGGACUCUCAUUGUCCAACAAUUCUGGCUUCUUGAGAAUUCGAUUUAUAUCUGAUGUGUUUCAUGAGCUACAGUCCCACACGUUGUCUUUUAUACCUGAUGUGUUUCAUGAGCUACAGUCAUACAAGUUGUCUUUUUUCCGUACGGCUUCUGUUUCUUCUGCAGGGUUGAGUUUGUUUGAAGGGAAGAUUCAGCGUUUCCUACUUGUACAUAGUAUUAUUAUUAUUUUAUUUUCUUCCUGGAAAUGUCUGUUUUUCUCCACUUUUUUUUGUAAAGUUAGUCUGUCGUUUACUUUAUUUGUCUACAUCUUCUAGAACCGUACUGUUUUAUAGUACUUCAGUGUAAGAAAUAGAUCAACCCGUCGAAUAAAAUGCUCUUCAUUUGAA